CCAAACACUCUCCACAGACACCAAUGUUCUGUGCUAUUUUCUUUCCAACUUUAUUUUCUUCGUAAUGUCUCUAUAGACAUUUAAUGAGAGGUUGUAUAUGACAGGAUAAGAUGAAAACACAGUUUUACGUUUUUAUUCCUUUUUUCGAGUCAAGCAGUAGCCUAUAUAGGAACUAAAAUCACUUGGGAACUAAAGUUGUGAGAAGGGGGGAAUGAAAAAAAUGUUGUACCACGCGCGCCACACGAUUGGUCCGAGGAAUCAUACGAGCCAAUCGUUUGGAUUUGUCGCUGUAGACGUCAUAGCUAAUUUGCAUAAAGUUGAUAAAAGUUCAACUUGCUUUGUCGCGCGCGUACAUCGAAACCGUAUGGCCUGCUGUCACUGUGUAGCUCGCUAAUGUGAACGCGCUUUUAAGUUGGCAGCACUGACCCCACCACAGGGCGAGCUCGGGAGUGGCCACGCCCCCAAAAUAAUCUCAUUGGCUCACAGCUGUAUGGGGCUUGAGCUUGACUUCCGGGGCUUUUUGUUUUUACGUUUGGCUGACAGUGGUGGGGAUUUACUAAUUCUGUCUGCCGAUUGUGCAUCUAUUCCUACUGCUGUAUCAUCGCAGAAGUUUAUCCUUGAACGCCUAAAUAAGUUGCAUAACUAAAGAAAUAGCAUGGUGGGCUUUUCUGGCUUCACCAAUCUCUCAAGAUUUGUCCAUGCAAAAGUAAUCACAACUGAAAGAAGUUCAGUUUAAUAGAGAAGAUGAGCAUGCUGCCCCUCUCUCGCUCUGAAGUGUUCGGGGAGCUGAGGAAAGAGCUGCAUCAGGAUAAAGAGUUUCACCAGUGCGAUGUCCAUAUCUUCAUCAUUUUGGGCGCAUCAGGAGAUCUGGCCAAAAAGAAGAUUUAUCCAACUCUGUGGUGGUUAUUCAGGGAUGGACUUCUUCCUGAACAGACCUUCUUUGUCGGCUUUGCCCGCUCUGACCUGACUGUGGAUGCCAUUCGGAGAGCCUGUCUGCCCCACAUGAAGGUGGCAGACACUGAAGCAGACCGUGUCUCUGCUUUCUUCAGCCGUAACUCCUACAUAAGUGGGAAGUAUGAUGAUGAGCGUGCUUUCUCCAACCUGCAUUCUCACCUGUUGUCUCUGCCUGGUGGUGCUGGGGCCAACCGCCUCUUCUACCUGGCCCUGCCACCCAGCGUUUACCAUGAUGUCACCAAGAACAUCCGACACCACUGUCUUAGCACCAAGGGAUGGAACCGAGUGAUUGUUGAAAAGCCAUUUGGCCGUGACCUGCAGAGCUCAGAGGAACUGUCCAAUCAUCUUUCCUCUCUCUUCACUGAGGACCAAAUCUACCGCAUAGACCAUUACCUUGGCAAGGAGAUGGUGCAGAACCUCAUGGUCCUAAGGUUUGGAAAUAGAAUAUUUGGGCCCAUAUGGAACCGGGACAGUGUUGCUUGUGUGGUUCUGACCUUUAAAGAGCCCUUUGGAACCCAGGGCAGAGGUGGCUACUUUGAUGAUUUUGGCAUCAUUCGCGAUGUCAUGCAGAAUCACCUUCUGCAGAUGCUGUGUCUGGUUGCCAUGGAGAAACCUGCCUCCACCAGCUCAGAUGAUGUACGAGAUGAGAAGGUAAAGGUGCUGAAGUGCAUUGCUCCUGUCACUCUCUCAGAUGUAGUUUUGGGCCAGUAUGUAGGAGAUCCAGAGGGUGAGGGAGAUGCUAAGCUGGGCUACCUAGAUGACCCUACUGUCCCUAAAGGAUCUACACAGGCUACGUUUGCUACAGCUGUACUCUAUGUAAGGAAUGAACGCUGGGAUGGUGUUCCAUUCAUACUGAGAUGUGGGAAGGCACUGAAUGAGCGGAAGGCAGAAGUGAGGCUGCAGUUUAUGGAUGUACCAGGUGACAUCUUCAAUUCACAGUGCCGUAGGAACGAGCUGGUGGUGCGUGUCCAGCCCAACGAGGCUAUCUAUGCCAAGAUGAUGAGCAAGAAGCCUGGAGUCUAUUUCAGCCCCGAGGAAACAGAGCUGGACCUGACCUACCGUAGCAGAUACAAGGAUGUCAAUCUUCCAGAUGCAUAUGAGCGUCUGAUUCUGGAUGUCUUCUGUGGCAGUCAGAUGCACUUUGUGCGCAGUGAUGAAUUGAGGGAAGCCUGGAGGAUCUUCACCCCACUUCUUCAUCAGAUAGAACAAGAGAAGAUCGUUCCCCUUAAAUAUAAAUAUGGAAGUCGUGGACCUCCUGAGGCAGAUGAAUUGGCGCAGAAGGUGGGCUUCCGUUAUGAAGGAACAUACAAAUGGGUCAAUCCCCACAAACUCUGAACAAAGUAGAGACAGUUUGCGUGUGUGUGUGUCGGUUUGUAUGCAGACCAAAAGAAUUUACCAGAUACCAGCCAUAUAACUAAUUUACUUUACUUUUUUUUCAUAGCAGGCCUAGAUACUGUAUGCAUAUAAUAGUCAUAUGUAGUCUACUGUAACUAAUUACUCUGAUAAAGAGUCACCUGUCAUUCCUUCUGUUUCAUUCCUAUUGUAUAGAUUUUGAAGGUGGUGAACUGUUCUUAACAUUUGCUUUCCUUUCUCUUUUUCCUCUUUUAUAUAUUAUCUAAGCUAUAAUUGAAUAAAGAAAUGUAUGUCACUGCUGGCAAAUAAGAGACCACAUAAUCACUGAUACUGAAUUUGAAGUUUUUUUUUUUUUUUUUUUUUUCUUGCACUGUUUAAUGGCUUAAGUGUUCAGUGGGUAGGGGCUUUCUAAUGUUAAUGUAAAAGCCAUGAGUCUAUUUCAUUUAGUACAUGAUACAUAUGAAUGAUUUCAACAAAUAUAUAGUAUGUACACUAUAAUGCCAAAAGUAUGUGGACACCUGGCCAUUACACCCAUUACACUGCCCAUUCAGUCACAAGAGGAUUACUGAGGUCGGACAUUGAUGUCAAGUGAGAAGGCCAGUGGGGUUGAGGUCGGGACUCAGGCCACUCGAGUUCUUCCACACCGACUUUGGCAUGUCUAUAUGGAGCUCACUUUGUGCACAGGGGCAUUGUCAUGAUGAAACAGGUUUGGGCCCUUUAAUUCCAGUGAAGGGAAAUAUUAAAGCUGCAGCAUACAAAGACAUUCUAGACAAUUGUGUGCUUCCAAUUUUGUGACAGCAGUUUGGGGAAGAGCCACAUAUGGAUGUGAUGGGCAGGUGUCCACAUACGUUUGGCCGUAUAGUGUGUAUUAAACAGAUUUUCAGCCACAGGAUCACAGAUAACAAAACCAUAUGUCAUUUCCCUUAAGUUGGGGUGCUAAACUUCCAUUCUGAGUUUUGCACUGCCCCCUGUGACAUUGCAUACAUGAUGUCAUGUGAUGUUUAAUUACAUAUUGUCAGUACUAAGGCUUAUUAAGACUUCUUAUUGAUUACAAUACUUUUUUAAGUUUACAGUGAAUUUGAUGAUAAAUGUUCUUAAAAUCUUUUUCAAAAUAAAAAGCAAUUGACCUAUGAUUUUUUUUUUUAAACCAAAAAAACAUGGAUGUUAUUCAGAAUUGAAUGUUUUCAUGGAUAUCUGGAAAAACUUGUGUCUUAACACCUAGUGUCAGCUGAGCUGUGUAUAGCUCGUUUAAUUAUAAUGAGCUGUAUGUUUCUGGAAUUUGUUACAUAUUUAUUAAUGGAAAAAAAGACCAACUUUAUACAUGGAAAACAUUCUGUUCUUUGUUUUUUUUUUUUUUUUAAAAUUGGUACAUAUUUGCUCGAGGAGGUCUUUGAAUUGCUGUGUUCAUGAGAUUCCGUUACUGUUUUCAUAAAAAAAUGCAUUAUAACAAGUUUAUGAUUGAAUAUGCUUAUACAUCCAAUAAAAUACUUGUUUUUUCAUGUAAAA